GAGUUGAGUGGAGUGGCUCAGAGACUUUGUCUGUAGCUUGUAGUUAUAAAAAGUCUUUCCGACCCACAAACAUACAUACAUAUCUCUUAUCUCUCUCUCUCUCUCUCUCUCUCUCUCUCGUCUCUAGCUCUUCAAAAUCACCGUCCUCUUCUAUCUGUUUUCAGCAGUUCUGAUCAUAAACAAAGGAUUUUUUUGGUUACUUUUCUAAUUCCAACAGCCAAGUUUCAUGUCUGAACUCGACGCUCAGAUUCCCACUGCUUUUGAUCCCUUUGCUGAGGCAAAUGCUGAGGACUCAAGUGCUGGGACAAAAGAGUAUGUUCAUGUGCGUGUACAGCAGCGUAAUGGGAGGAAAAGCUUGACUACUGUGCAAGGGUUGAAGAAGGAAUACAGCUAUAACAAGAUACUAAAGGACCUUAAGAAAGAGUUCUGCUGUAAUGGUACUGUUGUCCAGGAUCCAGAGCUAGGCCAGGUUAUACAACUUCAGGGAGAUCAGAGGAAGAAUGUUUCCACCUUCCUUGUGCAGGCUGGCAUUGUGAAGAAGGAACAUAUCAAGAUUCAUGGUUUUUGAAUAGCUGCAGCCUGCAGGUCAAUCUCCAUAUGUGGUUUACAUUAUUCUCAUCACGCAAUAGUGGAUAGUUUAUGAUCUGAAUCUUGGACUGUAGCCAUAAUACAUGUGACUUAUAUGUAAGUCCAUUUUCUGUGUCAAUUUGGUAGUUCUGUUACUUACUGUGUUAUGUGGGAGGGUCAUUAUGGAUUGUACCAAAGCCUUUAUCCAUAUCUUAAUCCAUAAUACUAAUUUCCUGUUUUCUAUA